ACGGUGGCGGCUGGAUGCUUUUGCUCGAACAGCCCAAUCAGGAGGCUUUGUUGCAGGAAUUUAAAGGUCUGUGCGGCACUUUCCAUGUAACUCAACUUCUGCUGCAGACCGAGGAAUUAUCCCACAACCCUUGAUUUUCACUGCUGCUAAGCCUCCCUGUCACUUGAAAAUGUCUGAGAACGUCGCCCGCCUGAACAAGUUCAAGAACAAAGGCAAAGAUGCCAAUGAGCUUCGACGCAGGAGAGUGGAGGUCAACGUGGAGCUCCGCAAGGCGAAGAAAGAUGACCAGAUGUUCAAAAGAAGAAAUGUGGCCGCAUUUCCUGACGAGGCGACCUCUCCUCUUCAAGAAAGAACCCAAAACUGUCAGGUUUCCAGGCAGUGGACAGUCGAAGAGAUUGUCACAGGAGUGAACAGCGGUAACCCUGAGACGCAGCUCCAGGCCACGCAGGCUGCACGGAAACUGCUGUCCCGUGACAAGCAUCCUCCCAUUGACCAGAUGAUCAGCGUCGGCCUGAUCCCCAAGUUUGUUGCAUUCCUGGGGCUCGCUGACUGUCCUCCAAUCCAGUUUGAAGCUUCCUGGGCUCUGACCAACAUUGCCUCCGGGACAUCCGAUCAGACAGCUGCUGUCGUGGAGGGUGGAGCCAUUCCUGCCUUCAUCAGCCUGGUCACAUCCCCCCACCAGCAUAUCAGCGAGCAGGCAGUGUGGGCCCUUGGAAACAUUGCUGGUGAUGGAUCGGCUCUUAGAGACAGGGUCAUCAAGCAUGGAGCUGUGGCCCCUCUCCUCAGUCUGGUGGCAGUCCCUGACCUGUCUGUAUUUAAUACUGGCUACGUGAGAAAUGUGACCUGGACUCUGUCAAACCUGUGCCGCAACAAGAACCCCUCCCCACCUAUGACUGCGAUCCAGCAGAUCUUACCCGCUCUCAUUCGGCUGCUACACCACGAUGACCUGGAGGUGUUGGCUGACGCGUGUUGGGCUGUUUCAUACCUGACAGAUGGCUCCAAUGACCGCAUUGAGGUGGUUGUCCAGACUGGCUUAAUUCCUCGCCUGGUGAAGCUGCUUGGCUUUGAUGAGCUGCCCAUCAUUACCCCUGCGCUGCGUGCCAUCGGCAACAUUGUGACCGGCACAGAUGAGCAGACUCAGGCCGUGCUUGACGCUGGGGCCCUGGCCAUGUUCCCCCGACUGCUGCGCCACAAAAAGGCCAACAUCCAGAAGGAGGCAGCCUGGACUCUGUCCAACAUCACUGCAGGGAGGGACACCCAAAUCCAAGAGGUCAUCAACGCAGGCCUUGUUCCAUACAUGGUUGAAACACUAGUGCGGGGUGACUACAAAACUCAGAAAGAGGCAGUGUGGGCUAUCACAAACUUCACCAGUGGGGGCACAGUUCAGCAGGUGGUUUACCUUGUUCAAGCUAAUGUGAUUGAGCCUCUCCUGAAUCUGCUCUCCUCCAAGGACAGCAAAACUAUCCUUGUCAUCUUGGAUGCCAUUACCAAUAUCUUUAUGGCUGGGGAUAAAAUUGGGGAGUCAGACAAACUGAGUCUAAUGAUCGAAGAAUGUGGUGGACUGGACAAGAUUGAGGCGCUGCAGUCUCAUGAGAAUGAGAUGGUGUACAAAGCAGCCCUUAACUUGAUUGAGAAAUACUUCUCUGAAGAGGAGGAGGUGGUGGAGUGUGUGGCUCCAGAAGCAACCACUGAUGGUUAUGCGUUCCAAAUCAACGAGAACCAGAGCACUUUCAAUUUCUAGAUAACUUUCUAAUACCUCUACUUUGUACUGUACCCUCGUUGCUACUGUUUGUCCUUUGUUCAUGUCAUUGUGGUUCCACUCUUUUGUAUGUGCUGUACAUACUGUUUUAAUGUGACUUAAAAAACGUGACUGUAAAUAAAGUUGUCAGAUAAUGUGUGUGGA